CCGCCGGCCACCACCAGGGCCCCCGCUGGCCGCCGUUGCCAGCAAGCAGCAUGGCACCCCCGGGGCUGCAGUAGCCGCCACCAGUCUUCAGUGGGGGGUACCCGGGAAUCUCCCUGGGUGUGGGGAGGACACCCUACCGCUUCGGUCAUGGAUGUGAACAAGAUGACUGUCAGCGUCAAUAAAGCCAUUAAUACGCAGGAAGUGGCCGUGAAGGAAAAGCAUGCCAGGACGUGCAUCCUGGGCACCCACCAUGAGAAAGGGGCGCAGACAUUUUGGUCCGUGGUUAAUCGACUGCCUCUGUCCAGCAACGCCAUGCUAUGCUGGAAGUUCUGCCACGUCUUCCACAAACUCCUCCGCGACGGACAUCCAAACGUGCUAAAAGACUCUCUGAGAUACAAAAAUGAAUUGAGCGACAUGAGCAGGAUGUGGGGCCACCUGAGCGAGGGGUAUGGACAGCUGUGCAGCAUCUACCUCAAACUACUGAGAACAAGGAUGGAGUACCACACCAAAAAUCCCAGGUUCCCAGGCAACCUCCAGAUGAGUGACCGGCAGCUGGAUGAGGCCGGAGACAGUGAUGUCAACAACUUUUUUCAGCUUACAGUGGAGAUGUUUGAUUACCUGGAGUGCGAACUGAACCUCUUCCAAACUGUGUUCAACUCCUUGGACAUGUCCCGCUCUGUGUCCGUGACCACAGCUGGCCAGUGCCGCCUUGCACCGCUGAUCCAGGUCAUCCUGGACUGCAGCCACCUCUAUGACUACACUGUCAAGCUGCUCUUCAAGCUCCACUCCUGUCUUCCAGCUGACACCCUGCAGGGCCACCGAGACCGCUUCAUGGAGCAGUUCACAAAGUUGAAGGAUCUGUUCCAGCGUUCCAGCAAUCUACAGUACUUCAAGCGGCUCAUUCAGAUCCCCCAGUUGCCUGAGAAUCCACCCAACUUCCUCCGCGCCUCAGCCCUGUCAGAGCACAUCAGCCCUGUGGUAGUGAUCCCAGCUGAGGUGUCGUCUCCAGACAGCGAGCCGGUCCUGGAGAAGGAUGACCUCAUGGACAUGGAUGCCUCCCAGCAGAGUUUGUUCGACAACAAGUUUGAUGACAUCUUCGGCAGCUCAUUGAGCAGCGACCCCUUCAAUUUCAACAAUCAAAAUGGCGUGAACAAGGAUGAGAAGGACCACUUGAUUGAACGCCUGUACAGAGAGAUCAGUGUGCUGACAGGGCAGCUGGACAGCAUGAAGGCUGAGAGCCAGCGGGCCAUGCUGCAGCUGAAGGGCCGCGUGAGCGAGCUGGAGGCAGAGCUGGCGGAGCAGCAGCACCUGGGGCGGCAGGCUACAGAUGACUGUGAGUUCCUGCGCACCGAGCUGGACGAGCUGAAGAGGCAGCGUGAGGACACGGAGAAAGCCCAGCGCAGCCUGACUGAGAUAGAAAGAAAGGCCCAGGCCAAUGAACAGCGGUACAGCAAGCUAAAAGAGAAGUAUAGUGAGCUGGUUCAGAAUCACGCUGACCUGCUACGGAAGAAUGCAGAGGUUACCAAAAAGGUGUCUGUGGCAAGGCAAGCCCAGGUGGAUUUGGAAAGAGAGAAGAAAGAACUAGAAGAUUCCUUUGCCCGUGUAAGUGAGCAGGCCCAGCGGAAGACUCAGGAGCAACAGGAUGUUCUGGAAAACCUGAAGCAUGAACUAGCCACCAGCAGACAAGAGCUCCAGGUCCUCCACAGCAGCCUGGAAACCUCUGCCCAGUCAGAAGCAAAGUGGCUGACGCAGAUCGCCGAACUGGAGAAGGAACAGGGCAGCUUGACGACGGCCGCAGCUCAGAGAGAGGGAGAGUUCUCAGCCCUCCGAGAGCAGCUGGAAAGCACCCAGAUCAAACUGGCCAGUGCCCAGGAAUCCGUGUGCCAGCAGAUAAAGGACCAGAGGAAAAAACUCUUGGCUGGGACCAGGAAGGCUGCGGAGCGUGAGAUACAGGAGGCCCUGAGCCAGCUUGAGGAGCCCACCCUCAUCAGCUGUGCAGGGUCCACAGAUCACCUUCUCUCCAAAGUCAAGGCUGUGUCUAGCUGCCUCGAGCAACUGGAGAAGAGCCACAGCCAGUAUCUGGCCUGCCCAGAAGAUGUCAGUGAGCUUCUGCACUCAAUGACCCUGCUUGCCCACUUGACUAGCGACACAAUCAUUCAGGGAAGUGCCACCAGCCUCCGGGCCCCGUCCGAGCCAGCUGACUCUCUGACAGAGGCCUGUAGGCAAUAUGGCAGGGAAACCCUGGCGUUUCUGUCCUCCCUAGAGGAAGAUGAAGCCAUGAAGAAGGCCAACAGCACAGCCAUCAGGAAUUUCCUCAGCAAGAUCAAGGCCAUUGGCGAGGAACUGCUGCCCAGGGGCCUGGACAUCAAACAGGAAGAGCUGGGUGACCUCGUCGACAAGGAGAUGGCCGCCACUUCAGCUGCCAUUGAGGCUGCCACCACCCGGAUAGAGGAAAUACUCAGUAAAUCUCGAGCAGGAGACACGGGAGUCAAGUUGGAGGUGAACGAAAGGAUCCUUGGUUCCUGUACCAGUCUGAUGCAAGCCAUCAAGGUCCUCGUCGUGGCCUCCAAGGACCUCCAGAAGGAGAUCGUGGAAAGUGGCAGGGGUACUGCAUCCCCUAAAGAAUUUUAUGCCAAGAACUCUCGGUGGACAGAAGGACUUAUAUCUGCCUCCAAAGCUGUUGGUUGGGGAGCUACCAUCAUGGUGGAUGCUGCUGAUCUCGUGGUCCAAGGCAAAGGGAAGUUCGAGGAACUGAUGGUGUGUUCACACGAGAUUGCUGCUAGCACAGCCCAGCUUGUGGCUGCAUCCAAGGUGAAAGCUAACAAGGGCAGCCUCAAUCUGACCCAGCUUCAGCAGGCCUCGCGGGGAGUGAACCAGGCCACGGCCGCUGUGGUGGCCUCAACCAUUUCCGGCAAAUCUCAAAUUGAGGAGACAGACAGUAUGGACUUCUCAAGCAUGACACUCACCCAGAUCAAGCGCCAGGAGAUGGAUUCUCAGGUUAGGGUUCUGGAGCUGGAAAAUGACCUGCAGAAGGAGCGUCAAAAGCUAGGAGAGCUUCGGAAGAAACACUACGAGCUGGCUGGUGUUGCCGAGGGCUGGGAAGAAGGGACAGAAGCAUCGCCGGCUACUGUUCAAGAAGCAAUACCCGAAAAAGAGUAGAGCCACGCCAGCGCCCCACACGUCAGAAUUCUUUGCAUUUUGUCAUUCGCACAAACUUGUGAGCAUCAGAACUCCGCUGGAUUGCAAACCGGACUGCCACCCGAAUCCACAGGCAGAGGGACAGGAUCGAGUGUCCUGGCGGAGAGCGCCAGGGCCGCGGCUCCGCUCUACACUCCACUUUUCGCAGUCGGCGGCUCCCGACUUACUAUUAGGUGGUCGUUUGGUUUUUUUGGUUUUAUAUUUUGAAAGUUUCACACGGCCAACUCUCCCAAAAAGGGUUCCAGCCCCCACCCCCACCCUGAGCUCUGAGCCUUCUGAGAGGAAGCCCUCCACACACACACACACCAUGGUGCGGCUCAGGCUAUGCCUUGGUGCGCCAUCUCAGCUCUUCUGUCAGUCAAGACCACUCCCCAGAGUGACAGCUCUCCUCUGAAGUCUGAAGCAGAGCUAGUGCCUUCAUUGUCUGACCCCGGGUGCCAUCUUGGGGCCUCUGUCCACCUUCACAAGCCGGGGAACACCAGAGGUUUAAAAAAAAGAAAGAAAAAAAAUAGGUGCCAGGGGCCCAGGAUUGCAGGGGACAUUUUCUUAGGAGCUCAUGUGACCAGGUUCACCACCCCAUCACAUGCCGGUAUAGAGCUGGUGUGAGCAGCAACACUACAUCCCCCAGAGCCGACUUCCUGUGCCAUGGACCACCUCCCAUCAAACCUAGGCAAGGCCCUAAGAGGGACAAAAGGGAACCAGAAGUGGUUCCUUUUCCAGCUGCCUGCUUCUGCAUCCUACUGAACCAGAUAAAAGAUGGUUCCGUGUGCUACUUCUUCCCCAGACCCACUUGCUCCCAUCAGGAAGGGAACUCGGCUCAGGGUAGGACUCUUCAUAUUUAUUACUAAUGAUCUUCGUGCAACACCUGCCCAGAGAUGCUUGGGGCAGUCAGGCCCGAGGGUGACUGACUAGGUUUGCCCUCUGCCGUCAGUCUUCACAGACCACAGAGUAGACUACAGAGCCAUCUCUGGUCAUUUCUGAUCUCGGAUUCUAAAGCAGGCAGGUUCCUCGAAGAAUAGAGAAGCAGGGAAGAGGAAGAAGGGGACCACCGGCUAUGACACUGUCUCCGCCACUCCCCACUCUUGCUCCCCUGAAGACAGAAGGCGUCCCGCCUAGAUACGAGCAUCCGGACAGCAAUUUGCCACUCUCAACUGGAACUGCUGAAUGAAGUGGCCUUCUGAUCUGUAGGGUGGAGCAGGGAGGUGGUGUCUUCCUUCUUGAUCUGUGCUGCUUAGGUGGCAGCCAGCGAGCACGUCCUUAAACCUGUUCCCUGUGGGACACGGCUCGGCUUUGCUGGGCAAUGGGUUGUGAGACUAAUGUUUGAUCACUGUGAAUCAACCCCCUUCUUGUUCCACCCGCCCCCACUCUGUCCCCGAGUAUUUUCUAAGCUGGCACUCCAGGAACUCCCAGCAACGCAGAAGGCUGCUGAGACACGUGACCUGCAGUAGAAACAGCCCAGUCUGGUGCCAGAAGAAUGUUUCUCUGCUUAGCAUUUCCUGCAUCCGAGGACCAGAACAAGCAAUGUGUGGCAUUGUUGGCCCAUUUCUGCCCAUCAAGCCAAUCCAUGUGCUCACCGCAGGUCAGCUUUUCCAAAGGUGACCACUAGCAUAGAACCACGCACACACACGUGUCCCAGCAAGAGGAAAUCAAACAGCAAUAGAGCAGGGCUCAUUUCUAAAAUCCUAAUAAUUAAUCUCUUCCUGAGUAGCGAAACAGUCAAGUGCCCCAACACAAGGUGAGUCAAUAGCGCAAGGGUCCUACCUGCUCAGCGUCACAUCAGAACUGUUUAGUGUAAUUCAAGUCGGGAAUUGCCUUUCUUUAGCCAGGCUUGGUAGUGCAGACCUGUAAUCUUGGCAUUCAGGAGACUGAGGCAGGAUGAUCCUGAAUUUAAGGACAGCCUGGGCUACAUUCUGAGACCUUGUCUCAAAAAAAGAAUUUAAUAAAAAUUGGAUUAUUUAUGUGUGUGUAUAAACUAUACCUUUUUUUUUUUUUUUUUUUUUUUUUUAAGACAGGGUCUUACUAAAUAGCCCUGGCUGGCCUUAAAGUAUCUACAUACAUCUCAUUGUCCUUAAACUCACAUAGAUACCCUUUCCUCUGCCUCCCAAGUGUUGGGGUGAAAGGUGUGAACCAUCUCACUCAGCCUAGACCAUAAUUUGUUGGCUCUGCUGCUACCUAAACAUGAGUCUUUAACCCAAUGGCCGGACCUACCAAACACUGAAAAUUCUUGCAGCCCAGAAGGAACUUCUCAGCUUUUUAAAGCCCUCCUGAGGCUCCGUGGACUAAAGACUGCUGGGCAGAUCCUCGGCGCAGGGACCUGGAGGGCUAAAGGGAUAGCUCAGCAGUUCCCUUCCAGGGGACCCCAGUUCUGAACCCAGCCCCCACAUCAUGUGCUCCAGAACCACCUCUAGCUCCAAAUCCGAGGGAUGUGAUGCCCUCUACUGGUGGUGUGCACAUAUGUUUGAGUAAAAGUAUUUUUCAAGAUAGAAAUUGGAUAAAAUAAUGGCUUAGAUGGGUUGAUAAGAAACUCCAGUCCAGCUGUGUCUUAUGGUUAUCUUGGUGUUUUCUACUGCCUCAAGAUAAAGGAUAUGUCUGUGCAAGGAAGACCUGCCUUUGUGGGGUUAGUUCAUCUCUGAGCAGGGAAUUUAAAUGACCAUACCAGGCUUGUCAGUACAUGACUGCAAUCCCAGCACUUGGGAAUCUGAGGCAGGAGGAUCAUCAGUUCAGGUCUAGCCUGGGCUAAAUGCUGAGACCUUAUCUCAAAAAAAAAACAAAACUGAAGAAUAAGUUAGACUAUAACCUAAAUGACUUGUUGACUGUCCUGCCCACAAUGCUGUUCCUAGAAUCCAGCCUAUGUAUGUGCCCUUAUCCCAGUAUCUGGGAGAACCAAACACCUCCAGGGUGUCCUGUCUCAGAACGGGUGUGGCCGAUGAGUCGGACACCAGGCUUUAUACCAGGUAACUUGAGGUCACAAGCACUCAUCACCUUAGGCUGCUGUGACUUCUCUCACCUUAGGAGUUGCUUCUCAUCUUGUGUCUAGGGAAGCUUUUACUUCUUUGUCAGCGACUUGGUUGUAGGAGGGUCUCCUGCACUAUUUAACUCUCAUUUGAGGGGUGGGGGGUCGAGACAGGGUUUCUCUGUGUAGCCCUGGCUGUCCUGGAACUCAUUGUGUAGACUAGACUAGCCUCGAACUUACAGAGAUCCUUGCCACCACCGCCCGGCAUAACCCUAAUUUUUGAAAGCUGGCAAAAGUCAAGCUACACUAUUUCCUUUCCAGAUCUCUGAGAACCUUGCUAUAAAAUCAAGCCUCUGGGCCCAACACUGGCCUGCCAAUAAGAGUGGCCUUGCCAUCUCUGCAUGAUCUUGGAUCAUCCUCCCACCAGAGCAGCUUUGCCAUCUCUCUGCCAUCUUGGAUCCUCAAUAUUGGCUUUCCACACAGAGUGGCUUUGCCCUGCCUCCACCUUUCGGGUUCUCAGAGACCACACUGUUUGAUGGAAGCCAUCAGCCGUGAUCCAGAACAGCUGUUGGCCACCCUUGUCCCGCAGGUCCAGCCCAGCACGGGACUGGCCACCACAAUGGUAGAGAGCCUCCUCUCCCAGUAGCCAAAGCCAGAAACGGCUGGUUAGAUGGGACUGGAUCCAGUUCCGAACAUAUAGAUCCUUAGACAUAUUUUUCAGGUGACCCUCAACUACCUCAGGUUUGAAGACCCUAAGUUAAACUGAUUAGCAUUCUAGGGACAAACCGAGGAAUCCCACUAAAUCUUGGUGAUAACCUAAAUGUCUCAAGCUUAUAACAGACUCUCAAACUUGCAGGGAUGGGGUUGUUUUUUGUUAGUUUAUGCCCCCCUUCUGUUUUUAACCUUUUCCACAGUUUUCCAUUAGAACAGUUCCUAUCAGUGAAUCGCUUUUCACUGCGUGCCUACCUUCCCAGGGCAGGUGGCCACCAGCUCCUGUUUCCUCCUAACAGUGCUUUUGUUAUGGAAUGAAAACCUUUCUUUGUAUAAUACAUUGCAUCUGUGUUUUCAAUUUUUCCAAUAAAGAUGUCAGCCUGGCCAUGGAGAACAGAGAUUAGCAAGGGGCAACAGAGUGGCCCUGAGGAUUGGGCUCUAUUGUCUUGUUUGUCUUCUGAGAUACAUGGGCUUCACACGACAGCUCACUGCCACCUUAACUCCAGUUCCCGGGUAUCCAAAUACCAACCAUUGACCUCAGGCUCCUACACAUAUGUAGUACACAUACAUAUACUCGAGCACACACACAUACCCAUAAGACACACCAUUUUUUGUGUGUUGUUUUUCAGGACCGGGUUUCUCUGUGUAGCCUUGACUAUCCUGGAACUAGUUCUGUAGACCAGGCUGGCCUUGAAUUGGAGAUCCUCCUCCUGCCUUCUGAAUGUCAGGAUUAAGGGCAUGAACUACCACACCCGACUUGCUUCCUUUUUAAAAUUAAAAAAAAAAAUUAAAUACACAGAGUGACUGGAGAGAUGGCAUAGUGCUUAAGAAUACUUGCUGCUCUUCCAGAGGAUCUGGGUUCAUCUCCCAGCACCUGCACCAGGUAGCUCACAACUCCUUGUAAGUCCAGCUCCAGGAGAUCCUACAUUCUUAGUUUCUGCGGCUACCUGUAUGCACAGAAAAGCAUAUGCACAUAAACUUUAAAAUUACGAUUAAAGAAACAUUGGUUUGUGUCUUAGGGGGGUUUCUAUUGUUGUGAAGAGACACCAUGACCACAGCAACUCUUAUAAAGAAAGACAUUUUAUUGGGGCUGG